GCGGGUGCCGGCCCGAGUCACGUGACGGCGGCAGUAUGGCGGCGCCGUGGCGGUGGCGGCCGCUGGGAAGGCGGCUCUUCCGGGUGAGGGGACUCUGAGCGACCCGCUGCCGGCCCCGCCGCCCCGCUCCCGCCAUGGAGCCCCCGGCCCGCGAGCAGGACGCCCGCACCAAGAGCAUGUUUGUGUCGCGGGCCCUGGAGAAGAUCCUGGCGGAGAAGGAGGCGAAGCGGCCCCCGCACGGGCAGCUGCGGAGAGCCUGCCAGGUGGCGCUCGAUGAAAUAAAAGCGGAGCUGGAAAAGCAAAGAGAAGGCACUGCUGAUCCACCAAAAGCAAACUUCAUCGAAGCAGAUAAAUAUUUCCUGCCGUUUGAGCUGGCCUGCCAGUCAAAGUCCCCGCGCAUUGUCAGCACUUCGCUGGACUGUUUACAGAAACUCAUUGCAUACGGACAUAUCACUGGCAAUGCUCCAGACAGCGGAGCUCCUGGGAAACGGCUGAUUGACCGAAUAGUUGAAACCAUUUGCAACUGCUUUCAGGGUCCUCAGACAGAUGAAGGGGUACAACUGCAGAUCAUUAAGGCUCUCCUCACUGCAGUAACGUCUCCGUAUAUAGAAAUUCAUGAAGGAACGAUUCUUCAGACGGUUCGAACCUGCUACAACAUCUAUCUGGCCAGUAAAAAUCUUAUUAACCAGACAACUGCCAAAGCCACCCUUACGCAGAUGUUAAAUGUCAUUUUCACACGGAUGGAAAAUCAAGCUAUACAGGAGUCCAGAGAAGCAGAAAAGGCGCAUCAGCAGACGUGGCCGGGUGCCGCGGCUCCGCUGGUGAGCAGGUCUCCGAGGACGGGCGUGCAGCACGGCCACCAGGAGGGCACGCCGGCCGCGCCGGGCCGCGCAGAGCUCCCCAACGGCGAGCCCGAGCACGGAGACGGGAAACCGGAGCAGGAUCCCGCUCUUCCGGCAUCAGAGGAAACAACUGAUGAAGGGAAGGAGAUGGUUAAAAGCAUCUUGGAAGAUGUGGUCAAGUCAGCUGUGAAAGUGGCUGAAGAGAAGCAGGUGACAGAAACAGUGAAGGCUCUGCCUUCGUUAGAGACUGCAGACAUUGCUCUUCCUGGCUCUAGUAACGAAAACGUACAAACAAAUGGGAUUCCAGAUGAUGGGCAGUCUGUUUCCUCCACUGAUAAUCUGGAAAUGGAUGUAUCUGGGCAUCCCGCGGCUGCCAGGUUUUCCCAUAUUCUCCAGAAGGAUGCCUUCCUGGUGUUCAGGUCCCUGUGCAAGCUCUCCAUGAAACCACUGGGUGACGGACCACCAGACCCCAAAUCCCAUGAAUUGCGUUCUAAGAUAGUGUCUCUGCAGCUUCUCCUCUCAGUGCUGCAGAAUGCUGGCCCGGUUUUCAGGACACACGAAAUGUUCAUCAAUGCGAUCAAGCAAUAUCUUUGUGUAGCGCUGUCUAAAAACGGAGUCUCUUCUGUUCCUGACGUGUUUGAGCUCUCGCUCGCCAUCUUUCUCACGCUGCUGUCAAAUUUUAAGACCCAUUUAAAAAUGCAGAUUGAGGUGUUCUUCAAAGAGAUCUUCCUGAAUAUUCUAGAAACUUCUUCAAGCUCCUUUGAACACAAAUGGAUGGUGAUUCAGACGUUAACUAGAAUUUGUGCAGAUGCCCAGUGUGUAGUGGAUAUUUAUGUUAACUAUGACUGUGAUUUAAACGCUGCUAAUAUAUUUGAGCGCCUUGUAAAUGAUUUGUCCAAAAUCGCGCAGGGACGAAGCGGGCAUGAGUUGGGAAUGACACCUUUGCAGGAACUAAGCCUAAGGAAAAAAGGACUUGAAUGCUUGGUUUCUAUUUUAAAAUGCAUGGUAGAAUGGAGCAAAGAUCUUUAUGUGAACCCCAACCAUCAGGCUAGCUUGGGUUCGUAUAAACCGCCGGAGCAGGAAGGGGCUGAAGGCAGGUGCUCUGACGGCGCGGGCAGGCGGAGCAGCGUCAGCUCGCUGGACUCUACCGUGUCGGGAGUGGGGAGCGUCGGCACCCAGACCACAGUCCCAGAUGAUCCUGAGCAAUUCGAAGUCAUCAAGCAACAGAAAGAAAUAAUCGAACAUGGGAUAGAACUGUUUAAUAAAAAACCGAAGAGAGGAAUACAGUACCUGCAGGAGCAGGGCAUGCUUGGCACCACGGCGGAGGACAUGGCCCAGUUCCUGCACCAAGAGGAGCGGCUCUGUUCUACUCAAGUAGGGGAAUUUCUUGGGGAAAGCAACAAGUUUAACAAGGAAGUGAUGUAUGCCUAUGUAGACCAGCUUGAUUUCUGUGGAAAGGACUUUGUCUCUGCUCUACGUAUAUUUCUGGAAGGUUUUCGUCUGCCAGGUGAAGCCCAGAAGAUCGAUAGAUUAAUGGAGAAGUUUGCUGCUAGAUAUAUUGAAUGCAACCAACGGCAAACGCUGUUUGCUAGCGCUGACACGGCCUAUGUGCUGGCGUACUCCAUUAUCAUGCUGACGACGGACUUGCACAGUCCACAGGUAAAAAAUAAAAUGACAAAGGAGCAAUACAUUAAAAUGAAUCGAGGAAUCAAUGACAGUAAAGACCUGCCAGUAGAGUAUUUAUCCACAAUCUAUGAAGAAAUAGAAGGAAAGAAAAUUGCCAUGAAAGAGACAAAAGAAUACGCAAUUACAACCAAAUGUAGUAAACCAAGUGUAGCGAAUGAGAAGCAGCGGAGGUUGUUGUACAACCUGGAGAUGGAACAAAUGGCUAAAACAGCCAAAGCGCUUAUGGAGGCCGUAAGCCACGCAAAGGCUCCUUUUACGAGUGCCACUCACCUGGAUCACGUCAGGCCCAUGUUCAAGCUCGUAUGGACUCCGCUGCUGGCAGCGUACAGCGUUGGCUUGCAGAACUGCGACGACACGGAAGUUGCCUCCCUUUGUUUGGAAGGAAUACGAUGUGCAGUUAGAAUAGCCUGUAUCUUUGGAAUGCAGCUUGAACGAGAUGCUUAUGUACAGGCGCUUGCUCGGUUUUCCUUGUUGACUGCCAGCUCCAGUAUUACAGAAAUGAAACAGAAGAACAUAGAUACCAUUAAGACACUUAUUACGGUUGCUCACACAGAUGGCAACUACCUUGGGAACUCUUGGCAUGAGAUCUUGAAAUGUAUUAGUCAGCUGGAACUGGCACAGCUGAUAGGAACUGGAGUGAAGACUCGGUAUUUAUCUGGCUCUGGGCGAGAGCGGGAGGGAAGCGUCAAAGGCUACGCGUCCGGAGGGGAAGAGUUUAUGGGCCUGGGGUUAGGUACCCUGGUGGGGAGCGGGGCCGACAGACGGCACAUGGCGAGCAUUCAGGAGUCGGUGGGAGAGACCAGCUCCCAGAGCGUGGUGGUGGCGGUCGACAGGAUAUUUACGGGGUCAACGAGGCUGGAUGGAAACGCAAUAGUUGACUUUGUCCGGUGGCUGUGUGCUGUGUCCAUGGACGAGCUGGCCUCCCCACACCAUCCGCGCAUGUUCAGCCUGCAGAAGAUAGUGGAGAUAUCGUACUACAACAUGAACCGCAUCAGGCUGCAGUGGUCGAGGAUUUGGCACGUGAUUGGAGACCACUUCAAUAAGGUUGGAUGUAACCCUAAUGAGGAUGUCGCCAUCUUUGCAGUGGACUCAUUAAGGCAGCUGUCAAUGAAGUUUCUUGAGAAGGGAGAGUUAGCCAACUUCCGCUUCCAGAAAGACUUCCUAAGGCCUUUUGAGCAUAUUAUGAAGAAAAACAGAUCUCCAACUAUUCGGGACAUGGUGAUACGCUGUAUUGCUCAGAUGGUGAAUUCUCAGGCUGGUAACAUUCGUUCAGGAUGGAAGAAUAUCUUUGCAGUCUUUCAUCAAGCAGCGUCAGACCACGAUGGGAACAUUGUGGAGCUGGCCUUCCAAACCACGGCACACAUAGUUACAAAUAUCUUUCAACAGCACUUUCCAGCAGCGAUUGACUCGUUUCAGGAUGCAGUGAAGUGUCUUUCUGAGUUCGCCUGUAACGUUGCGUUUCCGGACACUAGCAUGGAAGCUAUUAGGCUUAUUCGGUAUUGCGCUAAAUAUGUUUCAGAACGACCACAGGUAUUACGAGAAUACACAAGCGAUGACAUGAACGUUGCUCCUGGGGACAGAGUGUGGGUCAGAGGAUGGUUUCCCAUUUUAUUUGAACUUUCUUGUAUCAUCAAUCGUUGCAAAUUAGAUGUUCGAACAAGGGGCUUGACAGUGAUGUUUGAAAUAAUGAAGAGCUAUGGCCAUACCUUCGAAAAGCACUGGUGGCAAGAUCUGUUCAGAAUUGUCUUUAGGAUUUUUGAUAACAUGAAACUCCCUGAACAACAGACAGAGAAAUCGGAGUGGAUGACCACUACAUGCAACCAUGCACUUUACGCCAUCUGUGAUGUAUUUACGCAAUUUUAUGAAGCUUUAAAUGAGAUCCUCCUUCCUGACAUACUUGCACAGUUACACUGGUGUGUAAAACAAGAUAACGAGCAGUUGGCUCGAUCAGGUACAAACUGCCUAGAAAACCUGGUAAUACUGAAUGGACAGAAAUUCAGCCCUGAAGUCUGGGGCCAGACAUGCAAUUGUAUGCUGGAAAUCUUCAAAACUACUAUUCCUCAUGUCUUGCUGACAUGGAGGCCGGCGGGAAUGGAGGAAGAUUUGGCCGAAAAGCACUUGGAUUUCGACCUAGAUCACCAGUCUCUGAGCAGCAUGGAUAAAAAUGCUUCAGAAAGAGGGCAAAGUCAAUUUUCAAAUCCAACAGAUGAGAGCUGGAAAGGUGGUCCUUAUACAAACCAGAAGCUAUUUGCUGGCCUCCUUAUCAAGUGUGUGGUGCAGCUGGAAUUGAUACAGACCAUUGAUAAUAUAGUGUUCUAUCCAGCAACCAGCAAGAAGGAGGAUGCUGAGCACAUGGCUGCAGCUCAGCGAGAUUCUCUGGAUGCAGACAUCCACAUUGACACAGAAGAUCAAGGAAUGUAUAAGUACAUGUCUUCACAUCACCUCUUUAAGUUACUAGAUUGUCUGCAGGAGUCUCAUUCAUUUUCAAAAGCCUUUAAUUCAAAUUACGAACAGCGAACUGUGUUAUGGAGAGCAGGGUUCAAGGGUAAAUCAAAACCCAAUCUCUUAAAGCAAGAGACCAGCAGCUUGGCUUGUUGCCUGAGAAUCCUCUUCCGAAUGUACGUGGACGAAAGCCGCCGGGACGCGUGGGACGCGAUCCAGCAUCGGCUGCUGAGUGUGUGCAGUGAAGCCCUGGCGUACUUUAUCACUGUGAACUCAGAAAGCCACAGAGAAGCUUGGACCAAUCUCCUGCUGCUGCUUCUAACAAAAACAUUGAAAAUCAGUGACGAGAAGUUUAGGGCACACGCUUCAACGUAUUAUCCAUACUUGUGUGAAAUCAUGCAGUUCGACCUGAUCCCUGAGCUCCGAGCUGUGCUGCGCAAGUUCUUCCUCCGUAUCGGGGUCGUGUUCAAAAUCUGCGUCACCGAGGAGCAGAUACGGCCGGCCGGGAUGAACUUACCCUCGUGGUAGCCCGAAGCAGGGUUGGUCACUGGGCCUUGUACAUGCAGCGAUGUUCUGGGGGUGGAUUAAAGCGGGUGGGAAGAAAUGGGACCCUGGUGUAUUGACACAGCAAGUUGCUCUUACCACAAUGGCAUUCGGGGAGGAGGAAGGAAGUCCUGUUCUGUCCAUCCUACAAAACUAUCAGCAGUUUUACUUAAAUUAUUGCUUACAAAGUUAAUACAGUAGAUGUAAAGUCCCUUUGUUUCGAUGCUUGUCAUCCUUAUGAUCAAGUCUGUCUCUUCUAGUCUGUUAUCAAUUGUUCGGUCUUGCAUCCCAGCUAAAUCCGAUCAAUCGGCUGGACUCCUCAGCAAAAUUACGCCCCUUGGAAAUAAUGAAUAUAGUUGUAUAGCCUUGUGAUGUCAGCACAUGUGUUCAUAAUAAACUGUACUGCAGUGGCUGAAGACCA